AUGUAGUCUGAAACUUAAAAGUAUUGUGUAGCUCUUGGCUCUUUUAUAAAUGGAAAUCAAUACAUAGGUGUAGAGCUUUUUUCUUAAAUUUGUUUAUAACAGCUGCAACUUUCAUAUUUAGUAAUAAUGAUUAUAAAUAUUUAAAAUUACCUAUAUUUUAUUUUAAUUAGAAAUUACUAUGUAUGCCAUCCUUUACAAGAUUCGAGCUAAUACUUCAAAACAAACCAAAGUGUUAAAGCUAAACUAUCAGAUAGUACUUGCGCAGAUCUAAAUAAAAUUGUAUCUGUCAACUGCUUAUCUGGAGAUUAUUGUAUACUUAAAGAUGCAUGUGUUCCUCUUGAUAGUAUUAAUUAAUUUACUAUUGGAAGAAACUUAUAAGACUAAAAAUGCUUACCUUAGAAUACAAGCACUGCUACAAAUUGUGCAUAAAAUUAUUGCUUACUUAAUGGUUAAUGCCUUCCUCUCUCUAUGCUAAAUCCUGGAAGAGAAAAUUAAACAGGUAAAUGCUUAAAAUCAAACGAUUCAGGUAUGUUCGGAGCAAGCUCUUGCUAUAUUAAUUAUUGCCUCUUAAAGAGAAGUACAUAAAAUUAAAAUGUAUGUGUAUUGAUAGAUUAUUAAUAGCCAAAUUAAUUAGGAAGAUACUAAGGAACUGGUCUUUGUGUAUCUUAAAAUGACUAAAAUAUUCCUCAUUUAUCUUAAUUAAUUUAAUUUUGCUUUAGAGGAGUUUAUUGCAUUUCUAGUAAUAGCAACGGAGACUACUGUUAGAAAGUUGAAGGUAUUUAUAAGUGCUCAGAUUCAUUAGGAAGAUGUAUUUUGUAAACAGAUACUACUCCAUGCAGUAGUUGUUCAUUUAAAGAAUGCUUAUUAAAUGGAGUUUGUAUUGCUUUAAAUAAUACUUAUUGCUAGGAUUAUAAUGGAAAGUGUUUUGAUGUGAAUAAACCAGGUUGUUAAGUAUGCCCCUUGAAUUAUUGCCUUUAAAUGCCAUAAUAAAUCUGCUUGUAUUAUAUUUAAUUGGAUACAUCUUCUUAUAGUUAUAACGAAUGCAUAUACUAAUACAGAUAAGAUUUGCCAUGUUUCAAAUAAAAUAUAGAUGAAAUGAAUUAAUACAAAAUAUUGUUAUGCAGAGACAAAAACUAUUUGUGUUAAAACAUGGUAACAGCAAAUCAAGAAAAGCAGUGCUUAGUCUGCCCAAAAUACUUUUACAAUCCUGGAGAUCAUACUUGUUACCAACAAGUUAAACAAACCUAAAAUAUGUAUUUCAAUUAUGAACUUCAAUAUAACUUAGAAGAUUGUUAUCCUAAUUCUGAUUGCUCAUCAAACAGCUAAAAAUGUCCAGAAGGAUGUAGAGUAUGUUAAAAUUAAAAGAUAUGUUUAUAAUGCAUAGAAGGAUAUUUUUUAUACCAAGAUACUGCUAAUUAGAAUUAGAUUUGUAUAAAAUGUCUUUUUUAGCAAUACGCAUAAAGCAUUGAUCCCAGCUCUUAACUAUUUAACUUUGUUAAACAAAUUACUUACACAUGUGCUGAAUGCAAUUUGGAAUAAAAUUAAUGGGGAGAUUAAACUUUAAUUAAUAAAAUGUGUACUUAGAUGGUGAUUAAUUUUGCUGGUUUAUAUAAAUUUAAUCCUUAUUUUAGUCAGACAAUUUACUAUUAGAUUCAAAAGGGUCCUACACAAGAAAUACCAUAUUACUAAUUGUUCAAAAAACCUCUUUCCUAUUUAUACUUGUAGGAAUUAUAAUAGUCAAAUUCAUGUUCAAAUAAUUGCAUAAGAUGUAUUUAAGACUAGUCAGGAGUUAAUAAAUGUUUAAAGUGUAAAUAUCUCUUUUACGUUACACCUUAAUAUGUAUGCUAACCUUGUCCUUCUUAAUGUUUAGAGUGUGGAAUGAGUAUCUUAUAAGAAAAUCAAUUUUUUAAUUUCGAAGAUUUAAGUUACGAUUAAUAUCUUAGCGGUGUUUUUAAUAUGAAUAGUGCUACUUUUUCAUGUAGAUCUUGUUAGAGAGGAUUUUUAAUUAAUUUCGACUUUUAAAUUUGUGUGUCUUGUGGAAUUUAAUGCUAAGAAUGUGUUUACAUGACUACUGAUGGUAAACUAGUUAACAAGAAGUAUUAUAACUUUCAUAUUUUUGCUUCAUAAAAUUUAAUUCCUUAUUGUUUAAAAUGCUUUCCUGGAUUCAAGCGCAGUACUAAUAGGUUUGAUUGCUCAUAAAUUGUGGCAAAUACUCAACCUAGUUGCUAUGACUAUGAUUUUAUUUCUUCUAUAAAUUUAAUAAGUACAAAAACCUAUUUAAAUUAUUAUUAUUUUCCUGAAGAAAUAAGCAUAUUUAAUUGUAACUAUUGCUAUCCUAAUACAUGCUUAUAACCUUAAUUUAGAACCUGCUUAAAUCUUGGUGAUCCUUUGCAUUUAAAUAAUACUUCUAUUAUCUGUAAGUCUUAUUUUUAACCAACAAAUGUCACUUUUGCAGGUAGCAAUUAUGAGUAUAAUUUGUGUUAAUAUGGUUUUCCCUUAAUUAUAACAACUAAUGGUUAAUUAUCUUGUGAUGAAAAUCAAUAUUGCAACCAGCUGAUGAUAAAUUGUUUAAAUUGCUAUGAAUUUUAGAAUUAUUAAGAUGGUUCAUUGUAUUAAUGUAUUUAAUGUAAAGAAGGAUAUAUUCCAAGUAUAAGUGGAUGUAUUCCAUGUCCAAAUGGGUGUCUUAAUUGCUACGAAGUAGGAAUGUAUUAGCAAAGUAAAGUCAAUUUUACUAAUAUUUUUAUCUAUGAAAGAUAAAUAUUAUUAAGCUUAACACUUUAAUAAAGAAUUUAAUACUAUGAGCUAUUUAAAGUUGAGAUGCUAUGUUCUGUUUGUUAGCAAGGAAGAAUUUUGAGUAAUACUCAAUCAUCUUGUGUAUUUCCUGUCUGCGGAAAAUAUUGCCAAACUUGCAUAUUUUAUUAAGAUCAACCAUUUUGUGUAUAAUGCAAUUCUAAUCUUUUGUUCUCUGAAAUAGCUUCUAUUUAAAUGUACAUCGCUCAAAUGUACUUUAAUACUGUAUAUUUUAAUUAAAUUAAUUUGAUGAUUAGCUUCGAUCAAAAGCAAUAAAACUGUAAAUUAUGCCCUAUUCUAUGUGAAACAUGUGAAGAUAAGAGCUAAUAUUUUAUAAAUGGAGCCUUUGAUUUAUAUGAUACAAAAUGUUACUCAUGUAAAUAAAAGAUAAUAAGCUAAUAUUAGGAACUUGAAAGGUACGAAAUAAGAUACGAUAAGAAAAAAAUGAAAUGCUAGCUUUGCUUAAAAAGUGAUAAUGGAUGUUACUUUACAAAAAAAUCUCAUGUUUAUGUAUUUUGUGGCACAUAUGAAUAGAAGUUAGGAUCAGGCACAUUAUCAGACCCUUAUAAUUUGUUUAAAAUUUCUUAAGUAAACAUAGACAGAUUAAUACUUAAUGAAGAAGAUUUAAAUAGAGCUUAUGUGUUUUAUAAUGAGCUGUAAUUGAGAAAGAUAGAACUUGCUAUUUAAUAUAUUGACUAAAGUGGUAUUUGCAUUGAGAAUUUUGCUCUAAAUCUUUAAAAUAGCUUGAAGAGUACAAUCAAUUCUUUGGAAUUUAUGACACUGACGAUUAAGGCUGACUAAAAUUAAGAUAACCAAACUUAUUUUACAGUUUAGUAAAUAGCUGUAGCAUAAAUAUAUGGAUUUAGCUAAAUUUAAAUAUAAAACAUUAAUUAUGUAUCAAAACACUCAAAUGGAAAUUUUGGUUUCUUAUCUUAAAAUACAGAAAUAUAUUCAAUUUAGUUACAAAAUGUAACAUUUAGCUCCAAAACCUUAUCUCCUAACUUACUUUUGUUAAGUUUUUAAUUCUUCAAUGGAACUCUAAUAAUUGAUAAUGUUUCUUUCACUAACAUUACUACCAAGAAUAAUAAUUUAAUUGAUUUAAAAUUUUAAUAGAUAGCUACCCCAUAAACUUACUAAAUAACAAAUAUUAUUUUCUAGAAUUGCACUUUUAUUUCUAGUUAAUUCUUCUCCUUUUAGUUUUUUGGAAUUUUAAAUAUGUAUAAUUUUACUAUCAGCUAAAGUAUAUUCUAAUAACAGUCAACUUUAGUUCAAGCCUCACUUCAAGUCUUAUAAUAAUCUUCAGCUUUAAAUUUAACUAAUAUUAGCAUCUACAAAAGCAGCUUUUAUAACUCCAUUAUUAUGUACUCUUAACAUUUUAACAAAAUAACUAAAUAUAAAUUUCACAAUUCCAAUUUGUGA